AUGCAGUUUAUAAACGAUGACAUUACACCAGAAGUGAUGACAGGAAAUCUUCAGGACAGUGAUUCGGAAUCCCUCAACGAGUCAAAUCAUGCCCAGCAAGAAAACACUGACGUAAUGAGUCCAGGUGUUUCAUCGUGCAGCAGUCGCACAAACACGUCAAAGCGCAAAACAGCCUCGGAUUAUAGAGAUGAUCUUAUAGAAUGUGAAAGAAAAAAAAAUUUGCUAAUUGAACAAAAAAUGGCGUCAAAUAGUGACCAAUUGGAGAAAUGUGGCGAUUAUCAUUUCUUUAUGAGUCUCCUGCAACAAAUGAAACAGACCUAG